GCUACCAACCAGAUCAGCAAGAAACACAGUAAGCUAGCUCACAUAUAAAUUAGACAAAGAAAGCUUGUGAAGAGUCUACCCGAAAAAGAGUCCAAAGUGACGGAGGGUGACAGGAGCGCUUGUGACACUAAGCGGCAUACCUUACUCGAUACAUACGGAAGUAUGAAAUUGAAAGGCUGGGACAUGAAGAUGGGGCCAUGAAAUAUCCUGUGACAUACUAGACAUACCACCUUUGAAAUACUUAAAACUGCUAAGAGUGCUUUAAAGGCGAGAGUGCUACCUCCAAAGUGGUGAUGUCACGGGUUCCCACGCCCCCUCCUCCUGGGGAGAUGUCAAGUGGACCUGUGGCAGAGAGCUGGUGUUACACACAGGUCAAGGUUGUCAAGUUUUCCUACAUGUGGACCAUAAACAACUUUAGUUUUUGCAGAGAAGAAAUGGGAGAGGUGCUGAAGAGCUCAACCUUCUCCUCUGGCCCUAAUGACAAAAUGAAGUGGUGUCUGCGAGUCAAUCCAAAGGGACUUGAUGAUGAAAGCAAAGAUUAUCUGUCAUUAUAUUUACUUCUUGUUAGUUGUCCAAAAAGUGAAGUCAGAGCAAAAUUCAAGUUUUCCUUGUUGAAUGCUAAGCGAGAGGAGACAAAAGCAAUGGAAAGCCAAAGAGCCUACAGGUUUGUCCAAGGCAAAGAUUGGGGCUUCAAAAAGUUUAUCAGGAGAGAUUUCCUCCUGGAUGAAGCCAACGGACUGCUUCCUGAUGACAAACUUACUCUUUUCUGUGAGGUCAGUGUUGUCCAGGACUCUGUGAACAUUUCUGGCCAGUCCAACAUGAACAUGCUGAAGGUGCCUGAGUGUCAGCUGUCUGAUGACCUGGGGAACCUUUGGGAGUGUUCACGCUUCACAGACUGCAGCCUCUAUGUGGGAGGGCAGGAGUUCAAAGCCCACAAAUCCAUCCUGGCAGCAAGGUCGCCCGUCUUCAAUGCAAUGUUUGAGCAUGAAAUGGAAGAGAGUAAAAAGAACCGUGUCGAUAUAAGUGACGUGGACCCUGACGUCUUCAAAGAAAUGAUGGGCUUCAUCUACACAGGGAAGGCCCCAAACCUGGAGAAGAUGGCAGACAACCUGCUGGCAGCUGCAGACAAAUACGCUCUGGAGCGUUUAAAAGUCAUGUGUGAAGAGGCCUUGUGCAACAGCCUCUCGGUGGAGAAUGUGGCCGACACCCUCAUCCUCGCAGACUUGCACAGCGCCGAGCAGCUCAAAGCACAAGCCAUAGAUUUUAUCAACAGGUGCAGUGUCCUCAGACAGCUGGGCUGUAAAGAUGGAAAGAACUGGAAUAGCAACCACGCAACAGACAUAAUGGAGACCGCGGGCUGGAAGUCAAUGAUCCAGUCUCACCCUCACUUGGUGGCCGAGGCCUUCCGCGCCCUGGCCUCGGCGCAGUGCCCGCCCUUCGGUCCUCCCCGCAAGCGUCUAAAACAGUCGUGACGGCCCACUACUCGCUGGCUCUGCGGAGGAAAAGACUCGUGAGGAUGCCACUCUUGCUGAAUUCCACCAAAACAGAGCACACUUGAACAGAGAAGAGUGGCCCUUCCUCACCAGGGAUGCGGGGGAGGCUGGCACAUGGACUUGUGGGGACAAAAGAGGAGAAAAAAAAGACUGUCUUGCUUUGCUGCCCCGACUGUCUUGUGUUCAGGAUGGGUAGCAAGUCAAGCUGUCUGCUUGUGUUUUUUUGUUUUGUUUUUUUGUUUGUUUGGUUGUUGUUUUUUGUUUUUUUUUCCCUGUAAUUGUUCAAAAUGGCCUUAAUAAAUCUGCCAUUGCUCUGGAGUUGCUCCAGAGUUCAUUUUUGUCGAUUUUACUCUGUGCCUGCCUUGUCACAAAGACCAGGCCUCCUCCAGGUUGCACUAGUUCCCGUCAAUAGUUGCUUUCAUAUGGAGUUCGAUAGGAACGUAAACAAAAGGUUGAACUAAAUGGGAAAUAUUAUAUAUUUGUAAUGUUUAGCCCGUUUUGUGACCAGACAUUAAGGAGCAUGAACACUUUCAGUGCAAGGUCAGUUCUUAACACUUUUUAAAAAGAUGUGUAUGCCCCAUAUUGAUGGCACCAUUUCUAUGUAAAUGAUAGCUGAAGCAUCCUCAGAAGACCAUUGUACCGGAACGUCUGUUGUGUUGCGUCUGUGUCGGGGGACAAAGAGAAAAAAAAACCCCACACAUUUAGGAAGACCCUGUGUCAAUUUCAAGUCUUUUGCCCCGUUUAUAUGAAAUAUUGGAAGUACUGUAUUGACAUAUUUAACCAGGCUCACGUCUAAGUGAAAUAUUCCGCUCAUGUCCGUGAACCAUCAUUAAUUCAAUUUGAACAAGAAAACCUUUGUAUUGCCCACCUGCAAAUAAAUAUAUCUUCUCAUGAUACUGUGGUUUAGUCAAAGUGGAAAGACUAAUGCAUGGUCAUGUUAUUGUCAAGGAAAGUGUCCAAGAAUAAUAAUUUUUAUUUUUUUUUUAAACUGUAUUUACAGGCGUUGGCGCAGAAUUAAAUGAAUUGAUAAUGUUCAAAGCAAAAGGUCCUCUUAAAAUGCUUGGAGACGUGUAGGAUGCUGCGCAUCACUUUUGCCAGCGAUGUUCUUUGUUCAGAAUGAGCGCUUGUCCUGUUUGUUUCGGUGCAUCUUAGCGUGGACGCGACAAAUACACCAGAAGCGUUUGUAAAAAAAAAGAGAGCGGUGUCAUGUUGAAAUGUGAUUGGAAGCAGUGAGAUGGAAAUCUUUCACAGGAAUGGCUGCAUUAAGCAAUUAAAACAUUUUCCAGA